GUGGAUCGAGUUUAAUUGUGGAGGGUCACAUUGCUUUUGUCCACAUUUUUCAUUCUUGUCCUCUUUUAAGGAUGACCAUGGCCCUCACAUUUACUUUUACGCAACAAUUUUUCUCAGGCCAAACACACCGUCAUAAAAUAUGCUACAAAUUAUUUGCUUCUUUUCUCAUCUUAUUUCUGCUUCCACUACCUACAUUCCUCACUCCAUGGCAGAAUGCUACACGUCUGAACUUCUUGCCGCUAUGGACCGCCUUUGGUUUCACUACAUUGUUCUAUCAUCUGAACCUAUUCAUGUAGAGCGAACAGAGCUUAGCUCUAUGAGCACCGCUUUAAAAUCGGCGAGUUCGUCGUCGUUCGAUUCUUCGCAUGGGGAGGGAGAGAGUGCCUCAAUGAAUUCAUCCACAGCCUCAAUCUCUAAGGUUGAUUUCAACACCGAAGUUGAAGUUGAAGUGAAGGAACCUGAAACUCGUGUUGGAAGGAAAAGACCCUCAAGAUUAAAUCUAAUAACCAAGAAAAUUCGAUCACAAUCAUCAUCUCCAUCGAUUCAAAGAACACGCAAGAGUUUAAGUCAUUCAAGCUACAAAGGCCAAAAAUUGCAAAGAUUCCUAAGUUGCAGCACUUUACAUGAUCUUGAACAAGAGGAGCUAAAAGGGUUUAUGGAUUUAGGAUUCGAAUUCGAAGAGGACCAGCUUUCGCCUCGAACGAUGACAGUAGUUCCAGGGUUGCAAAGAAUAGGGGGGAAUGUUGUGACUACAAAAAAUGAGAAUUAUGGAGCGAGCACAUUGGAUGAUAAAGAAGUCGAAAGCGACGAAAAAACGAAGCCAUAUCUAUCCGAGGCAUGGUUAGUAAAGAGACCGGAUUCGCCUUUGCUUAGACUAAGGAUGGCAAGGGUUUCUACAGCUGAAGAUAUGAAGAAAUGUCUUAAGCUUUGGGCUAGAACUGUUACUACUUCGAUGCAGUUUGAUGAAUGAGAAGUUUUAUCUUUUUGGGACAAUGUGGAUAUAUUUGUUUGAUUGUUUGGACACUAAGAAUAAGGGAAACGGGUUUGUUUAACAAUUUUAAACAAAAGGGGAGCAGAGAGCUAAGCAUAAAAGAGGAUGCUAAACUUUGCAUAAAAUUGCAGUUUUUUCAUCUUA